UCAACAACUUGACUGUACUAAUUUUAUUAAAUUUUUUAAAAUAAAAAAUUAAAUACUAAAAUGAAUUUGGUAUUUUUUAUAUUUUUUGCAAUUGUAAUUAUUACACCAAAUAUUAUUAAUGCAAAAAUAUUAAAAUAUGAUAAUUAUACAUGUUAUGGAUCAUGUUGUCGAAGAGCAUUUAAACCAUCAAAUUAUUCAGAUGUUUUAAUUGAAUAUUCAAUUAAUUUUACUGUUGAUGAAGUAGUUUUAACUAUUUGGCUAGAAAACGCAAAACAAAGUGAACCAAAAUUAUAUUCAUUUACAACUAACAAAACAGCAACAUCACAAAGUUGGGAAUUUUCAGCACGAGACGAUUUUGAAUAUUGUUUCAAUGCAAUAAAAUAUGGAAGUAAUGAUCAUUUAUUUAAUUAUUAA